CAUCUUACAUUAUUAGCUUAAGUGAGGAUUUGGGUUAUAAAAUCAGACCCUGUAGCUGGAGUUGAUUUGGAUUAGGGAGGGAUUAGCAGCAAACUAAACUGCAAUAAUGUCAAACUCAAUUGAUUAUACCACUAUUUCAAUCCAACCACAACAUGCAUCUUCAAAGCAACUGCCAAUAUGUACUAAUCAAGGUGGCGGACUAAUCCUCGGGCCUUCAGAAACUCUAGAUCAUCAGUAUCACCAAUCAAAUAGGCAGCUAACACGAGAUAAAUCCGACCAGGAUAUAUCGGAAAGUACUACUGCAACCAAGACUAACAACGCACCACCACUGGCAAGCGAUGCAUCGUGGUCUCGACAUGUAUAUCGGGAAUGCCAGAAGAAUCACGCGGCAAGUAUAGGAAGGUACGUGGUGGAUGGGUGCGGAGAGUUCAUGGCAAGUGGGGAAGAAGGAACUGCACAAGCACUUAAAUGCGCAGCUUGUCAAUGCCAUCGAAGUUUCCACAGGAGAGACAUUGAAGACGCAGAUUGUUCACAGCAGUUGAUAGUCCUAGCAAACAACCAAUACAACUAUCCUCAGCAUCCCAGCAGAAAUGAGAUUAACACCGGGACUAGAGGAUCAGGAAAAACCCAAUUUUAUCAACCAUCAAUGCUUCCGACUCAUCAUCAUGGUUCACAUAGAGGUCCAGGGAUCAUGGCUUUUCAUGGGCCCAAAGACUCUUCCAGCAAAGAUCUGAAUAUGUUUCGGGUAAAUGUGAAAGGUAGAGAGAAAACAAUGACGGAUAAGGCUCCAUCGUCUAAGAAGAGAUUUAGGACAAAAUUUAGCAGGGAACAGAAAGUGAGAAUGCAACAACUUGCAGAGGAAUUGGGAUGGAAGAUUCAUAGGAAUGAAGAUGAAGAACAAGUAGAACAACUGUGUCAUGAACUGGGGGUAAAGAGAUCAGUGUUCAAAGUUUGGAUGCACAACAAUAAACAGAAGCAAACACCAUGAUAAAGUUGACAGAUAAAUCUUGUCCUAGCUCAGGUACUAGGGUAAUAAACUCUUCAGAGCUUAUUUAGGUGAUAUGUAUUCCGAAAUCCACAUUCUAAUUCUCAGUGCCAAUGAGGCUGUUGCUAACAUAUUAUAUUCUGUGCGAUUCUCAG